AUGGGCAGCUUGCGAUCAGAGCAAGGAUCUUAUUCCGACCUGUUAGAAGGCAUCGCUGGCAGUUCACGGGGUGGUGACAGAACGCGUUCCCUAGUGAUUGAUAAGUCAGGCCUACAUAAGACGGGGAAAGCCUCCAUAAACCUGGCUUCGACGGAAGACCGUUCAUCUGUGCGUUCUACAGCAGAAUCAGAACAACAGGAAACUACAAGGUCAAUGCGUUCAACUCGAGACCGUUUCGCGCUCGCCUCAUCCAGGGCAUACGAUACCCCGCAGGCCCGGCGUAUCUGGGAUGAGCUUCCGGCAUGGCGACUAGAGUAUGAGGCACUGACACCUAUUCAGCAGCAGGUGAUGGAGCAUGUAGCAUUCAACAGUGAGACUGAAAGCGCUGCUGCGAAAGCUCGACUCGAGAAGACUUGGCGAGGGUUCGAUAUAUCUGAGGAAGACUUUACAAAAAUCGAGGUAUACUUAGCCAAGAAGGUGCCGCUAACCAUUCGUAUUGACAUCCAAGGGCUAUUUCCAUACUUGAUGAAAGAUCCCUUUUACAGAACAUGCUUUGAGACUAACUUGAAGGGAUCCACGUAUUUGAAAGCUCGACGAGAGUUUGAAUCAGUCCUCUUCAACGACCUAUACGAGCACCCGUAUGGCGUCUUGAACAUGGUGUGCCACCCGUUUUCGGAUUCCCGAGUUUCUGCCUUCGGAAGCGCUUAUCUUCUUCUAAAGGACUCACUCCGCGCCCGAACAACUGUGGCAACCAGCAAAGAGAACUUGGGCUCCAGAAUCCGUCGGGUUGGGACGCUGGAUCACAUGUGGCACAUUGUUGAGACUCUAUCAACUCACGAAAUAACAAGGAUUCACGUAAGGCGGUCGUAA